AUGGCAGAAGAACCCGGUGCGACCUUGAAACGUAAACGUGGCCGUCCGCGAAAGGAGGGUAGUCCAGCGAAACCCAAACCCGUCGUUCUAGAUUCUACCGGCCAGCCCAGAAGAAGAGGUCGACCACGAAAGUCCUCUAUCACUGCGACAGCUACACCUCUUCCGAAGCCACAGGAUACGAAUGAUGAUACGCCAAAGAAGUCUGAGAAUACUGCCGCUCACGAGGAACCUGCCCUGGCACCAAAGAAGCGCGGAAGACCGCCUAAAAGUGCGGCGAAGCCGGCAAAAGCAGCUCCCGUCGUUGCGGAUGCGGAUACCACUGUGGCCACGAAACGGGGACCUGGAAGGCCAAGAAAGAGUGACAGCGCCAUUGCGACUGCGGAAGCAACAUCAAAGCAGGCGAAACCGGCAACAAAGGUGGGCCGCGGAAGGCCUAGGAAGUUUCCCUCUGCCACACCAUCGGGUUCAGUGAAUGGCUCAACCAGGAAAGAUUCUGCAAAGGGCGGCUCUAAGGGUGAUGACACUCUGGCAGGGAUUAUUGGAACUUACGAGCUCCAAGGGUACGAUGCUGCUGGCAGCAGAUAA